AUGAGCUCUUUACUAAAGACCAUCAACUGCCAUGUAAUGAGUGUAAUUCGAAGGAAAGAUGGAUUGAUAAAGUCAGCAGCGGAUGGUAACGCCGUGCAGGAGCUGCUUCCAGCUGUCAAGCUCCUUUAUGAAGCUGCAAAACAGCUUCCUACGGAGGAUGUGAACGCUCAUUGGAACGCCAUCAAGACUAAAUUGAACGCCAAGAUACAAGAGAUCCGCAUCGCUAGACAGCUCUCUACACAGCUGCCUCAAACGGGAGCUGCUCUGCAUGAUUUGAUAGGAAAGGAGCUUUACUGCAGGGUGAGUGGUGUUUUGUGUACCUCGAAAUUUGCACUCGUUCUAUCAAAUGUGUUCACGUGUUUCAUUAUGAUAAAGCUGAGAGUUGCAUCUCUAGAAACGCCGGCAGAAGACACAUUAGGUUUACAGGUUUCCCUGAGGUUUCACUGA